AUUGGUGGGAUGAGCAAUCCGAGUUCCCGGAUGAGGGAACAUUCUGCAGUAUAAAGGGAGCGGGGAAGGCGGGAGACAGCGCAGUUUGAAUCGCGGUGCGACGGAGGAGUAGGCGGCGGGAUCUCGCUUGGUGACUGACUAGUCCUUUCUCUGCCUUGCUUGUUUGAGCUUCAGCAGAAUUCGAAAUGGCUGGCGGUAAGGCUGGGAAGGACUCCGGAAAGGCCAAGACAAAGGCGGUUUCCCGCUCGCAGAGAGCCGGUUUGCAGUUUCCGGUGGGCCGUAUUCAUCGACACCUGAAAUCUAGGACGACCAGCCAUGGACGUGUGGGCGCGACUGCCGCUGUGUACAGCGCAGCCAUCCUGGAGUACCUCACCGCAGAGGUACUUGAAUUGGCAGGAAAUGCAUCAAAAGACUUGAAGGUAAAGCGUAUUACUCCUCGUCACUUGCAACUUGCUAUUCGUGGAGAUGAAGAAUUGGAUUCUCUCAUCAAGGCUACAAUCGCUGGUGGUGGUGUCAUUCCACACAUCCACAAAUCUCUCAUUGGGAAGAAAGGACAACAGAAGACUGUCUAAAGGAUGCCUGGAUUCCUUAUUAUCUCAGGACUCUAAAUACUCUAACAGCUGUCCAGUGUUGGUGAUUCCAAUGGACUGUAUCUCUGUGAAAAACACAAUUUUGCCUUUUUGUAAUUCUAUUUGAGCAAGUUGGAAGUUUAAUUAGCUUUCCAACCAACCAAAUUUCUGCAUUCGAGUCUUAACCAUAUUUAAGUGUUACUGUGGCUUCAAAGAAGCUAUUGAUUCUGAAGUAGUGGGUUUUGAUUGAGUUGACUGUUUUUAAAAAACUGUUUGGAUUUUAAUUGUGAUGCAGAAGUUAUAGUAACAAACAUUUGGUUUUGUACAGACAUUAUUUCCACUUCGGUGGAUAAGCUCAAUAAA